ACGUCAAAAAGUCUAAAACCCUGUGAAAGAGGCGGGAAGAAGAAGGGUAUUUAUGACAGCAUUAAACGUCAUUUUGGGAGCCUAGGGAAAUAGCGUUGAUGCUUUUUGAUUUUGUCUAGCAAAUCUCUCAUAUCUAGUUGCAACAAAUGACAUGUGAAGUUUAUGCCGUCGGAGAAAAGCACCAAACAACCGCGCUCUCGCCUCGGUUAGAUUACGCUAGCAUCAGGUAGUCAUGGCUGCAGAUAUGUCUCUUCCUUGGCCAGCCAACAUUCCAGAACUUAAGAGGCUGGAUGAGCUUCUACGAUGUGGAAUCUGUUACGACUUCAUGUCCACAUCGAUGGUUACAGCUUGCUCCCAUAACUACUGUUCCCUGUGUAUUCGUCAGUACCUCGACUACAAAACUCAGUGCCCUGCUUGCUUCAGUGAAACUACCAGUCAGCAACUCCGCAACAACAGACUUCUUGAUGAAAUUCUUGGGCUUUUUCCAAAUUUAAGGGAUAAGGUAGCUAAGCUGUGCCAGACCACAAAGGGAAAUAGCAUUACCAGCUAUUUAGAAAGCAAGGAAUUGGAAAACCAAGAACCAGUAGAUGAGCAUAUUAAUACCACAAGUGCUUCGUCAAAAUAUCAGGAAGAUUCAGCUGGUUCACCUAAAGCAACAUCAGUGAAAGAUUUUAUGUCAUCACCAAGAAUUGGUAAAACUCCUAUGGAUACCCCUAAAAGAAACUCUGGAAAGUCCCUGUCAUCAAGUAACAACCGUACACACUUGAGAGGAAGCCAGGCAGAACCAUCAACUUCAGGUUUCUCUAGCACAACUAGUAACCCGAAAUGGGCUUCUGGAUCACCUGCUAGUAUUUUUAAUUCUCAGUUAUCAUCUCCAGUAUCAUCAACACAAAGUACACGCCAAACUGCUUCUGGGCACUUCUCCAUUCGCAAUGAUCUUUCAACAGUAAGUGGAGGACAGGAUGAAUCCAGAGUCAGUUGCCCAGUGUGUUGUGUAGAAGUACCAGAAAGAAACAUAAAUCUUCACUUGGAUGCAUGUCUGAAGCGGAUGGAGAAGGGAAGUGAGGAAGAAAUCACUGUGGUGGACAGUCCCAAGCGAAAGCCAUUGCCUAAGCUUGUGUAUUCUUUGCUGUCAGAGAAGCAACUGAGACAGAAACUGAAAGAUAUAGGCCUCUCUGUACAAGGAGACAAGCCAUUACUUGUUAGCAGACAUCGCAGGUAUACAACUCUCUACAAUGCUGAAUGUGAUACUGCUGAGCCUCGUCCUGUAUCUCAGCUGAUACGGCAAAUAGAAAGGGAGGAACGAGACGAAGCAAAGGUUGCAAAUUCCCGCAGUAUCUUUACUUAUGAUCGAAAAACGGCACCAGAGAUCAUCGAGAAAGAACAAAAUGAUUAUCUCAAGAAAAAUGAAGACCAUUUUUCCAAGUUAAUUGCUGAGGUAAAGAAGAGAAAAGCAGAUGCAAAGAGAGCAAAGGAGUCAAAGAAGGAGCAAUCAGAGGAAGAGAAUAGGAAACCUGAAGAAGGAAAUAAGACUCUUAAUGCAGAAGAAAGCAGGUUGCUUCCUAAAAGUACGAGUGAGGAUGAUGAGCUUGAAAGUAGAAAUAAUGGAAGUGAGAGAGAAAAGCAUACAGGCAAAAUUAAAAAGUUAUUUUCUCUGUUUAACUCCAACACAUUAACAGAUGGUGUUCUAAGUGAACAAGAGAAAUCCAAAGAAAAUUGUGUAAAUGAUAGUACAGUUUCUGAUGGUGAAAUUCCUGAAAAUAAUAAUGAUAAAAUCAGAAGUGCAACAGUAAAUUCAGUUGAACCACCUCUGACAUCUAGCACUGUGAAUCCACAGAAUGUUGAUAAAGAUAGAUUUUCAACUGUAAAAAAUAUAAUAGAAGAAUCCUGUGAAAACAGUGUGGUAGAACCCAGUCCAGACUUUUUCUCUGGAAGUCCAGCAGGUUCACAAUCAAGUUGUGGUAGCUUUAGUUUGCUCCAAGACUGUGAUCCUCUCAUACAAAACCCUGAGCUUCCAGAAGAUGAUUUGGAAGAAAAUGAAGAUGAAGAUAUAAUUCCAGGCCAUCAGCCUGAAAGCUGCUCAGAUGACCAGGAAUGUGUGAAGACCCCGAGCCCACAGUUAGGGAGAAGAUCUACCAGAAGCAACAAGACAAUUGGUGCACUCCCUGUGCCAGCCUUGCAGGAGUUGGGCCCAGAGACACAGUUGCUUUUGGAGGACUCUCAAGGGGACCCAGAUUACCUGCCAUCUCAACUGCUAGAUGCUGUAGAUCCUGAGGACAUGGACUUAAAUUCUUUGAAAAGUCACACGAGAAGAUCAACUCGGAAGCGUAAGGUCGCCCAGGACGCUCCCACCAAGGCAACAAGGAGAAGGAAGAGAUAAAUCAAGAGUAAUAAUAAUUAGAGUAAAUAUGCUAGUACAAAUAUUUGUUUCCAUAAAUGAUAUAAACUAAGAAAAAAAUAUUUUAUGUACACAACUGCAUGUUUUUUUUUUAACUGUAUUGUUUAUUUUAUAUUAACUUCAUAAUAAUUCACAGUGAAAAGAAAAUUUGACUGGAAGAAGAAAUAGAUGUAUUUAGGGUUUGGUUAUGGAUAUCUUCAGUCACUAUAUUUAAUAAUAGGGUUAAGGAUAAUACAUACUAUGUACAAGACAGUGUCUGUAGUUUAUUUAAAUAUUAUAUGAGAAAAUACAAGUAGUUUUGAUUUGUUCCACAUACAUUGAAUUAUCACAUAUAUCAUAAUGUUCAACAAGAAAAUUCAGAAGGGAAGAUAAAACUGAUCAAAUCUGAAGAGAUUCGAAAGCACUGUAAUGUCAAAAGCAAAAUCUUACUACAUUUUCAGCUUGGUAUAUGUUGCUAUGUAUUAUCAAUAAUGAUCAGUUUGUCCCAAAAGAGAUGCAUAUAAUGGACCCAAUUUUCCACUUAUUUCAUUGGGAUCCCUGUUUUCUCCUCUAACUCUCCUGUAAGGUUUCCUGCCUCUAAGUAUCCUUAUCUCCUUUGAUCACAACUACAAACACUGCUACCCCCUUGAUACCUACUGUCACCUCAAGCCAUUUCAAGCAGCCACCCAUUGAGUCAUUACUCAAUCUUCAGGAAUUUAUUUUGUCUCCCAACAAUCUCUACUUCUGCUCCUCUUCCUUAGUCUUCUUCAUCUACAGCCCCCUUCCUAGAUAUUACUACUCUUCAUCCGUGUCCUUGGACUGCUUUCAUCUGUACAAACCUUUUGAUUACUCUUUUUAGCAAAGCCAAGUGGGACUGAUUUUUUGUGAUCUCUCACAGCCCCUUACCUAUUCCAACAAUGUUUCCAAAAACAAGUGGGGAAAGUUUCCUUUUGCAGCUGUUUCUGCCUUGUCACAGUUACAUCUGAUUCCCAAGUCCAAGUAUAAUCUACCCUGACUAAUUUCAAAGGCACAUUAUUAGAAAACCUUGGUUUCUCAGACCUUCCCUUCUCAUUCAUCAGAUGCAUGCGUGUCCUUGAUUUAAUCUAAUCACCCUUAACCCCUGCCACUUCUUCCCUAUUUGCUAAUCCCUUCCUUACCCCAUUUACUCAUCCUCUUUACCCUUUUCA